UUCGGGCAGGUUCGUUCCCCUCCAGCUCCUCUCGGCUUUUUCCGGGGCGGGUUCGGGCCGUUCCGGCGGCGUUCGGGUCCUUUCCCAGGCUGCCGCUGGGCUGUGAGGCAGGAGCGGGCUGGAGCCGGGCGGCGGCGGCGGAUGGGGCCGGCGGAGAGGCCCUGGGAAGGCAGACGUAGCGCCCUACGCUGUUCUGGGCUGGAAGCCCACUGUGCUUUUGCCCCUGGGACUCCAAGAAACCUGCUUCUUUUUUGGUGAAGCAGACCCUGAUCUCCUGUUUCUUUGCUGCAUGCCCGCUCGCGAGUGCUGGAUUAUGUUUGUCUCCUUCUCCCUUUGCUCCAUCAUUUGGUUGAAUCGUGGCUUCAAGCUAAGGAAAAGGGGCUGCACUUAAGCACACCGGGACACCCGGACCACGCUCCUGGGGUGCUGGUUCAUGCAAAGACAUUCAGAGUGCUGAUGGGGGAGACCUGCCUUUGAAAUCCCUCCUCUGCCACCCGAAACGUGCUGCCUCACCGUCCGGAGCCCUUCUCCCCGCAGCAGAGAGAAUGGGCAGCACCGAUGGGUUCCAGUACCGUGCGCUCUACCCCUACCGCAAGGAGCGCGAGGAGGACAUUGAUCUGCUGCCUGGGGACAUCCUGGUGGUGAGCAAGGGGGCCCUGCAAGCCUUGGGCUUCAAAGACGGCGAUGAGCAGACCCCCAAUCAGAUCGGAUGGAUCCUGGGUGUCAACGAGAGGACCAAGCAGAAGGGCGACUUCCCGGGCACGUACGUGGAGUACGUGGGGCCGGUGAAGAUCUCGGUGCCCUCGCACCGGCCCCGAGUGCAGAGGCCUCUGCCCGCCACGCCGGGCGCCAGCGGCUGCCGCCUCCCCGAAGCUCUGGAGCAAGGGUCUCCUCUCCUGGAACUGCAGGAGCAGUUCAGCCCUCCCGAGCUCGCACCCCCACUGCUGGUGAAGCUGGUGGAAGCUAUUGAGAAGAAAGGGAUAGACAGCGAGAUGCUGUACAGGACAUCUGGCUCCGAACUGAGGCAAGCGCUGAGAACCGAUUGGACCCUGGGCGACCUGGAGCCCUUGGACGUGCACUCCUUGUGUGAGGCGGUGCGGAGGUACCUGCAGGACCUGCCCUCCCCCGUGGUGCCAGUGGCCGUGCACGGAGACAUCCUGCGCAUCCUGCAGGAGGUUCCCCAGCCGGAGAAUUGCCGGAAGCAGCUGCUGCUGGCCCUGGAGUCGCCUGCGGUCCCGCUCCAGAACACGCUCACCCUGCAGUUCCUGCUCCGGCAUCUGGGGAAGGUAUCGCAGCAGGCCGAGAGCAACAGCCUCCACCCUCGGGCCCUGGGAGAGAUCUUCGGCCCCCUUCUCCUCCGGCUGCCUGGCGCCAGCCCAGAGCUGAGCCCUGACUUCUCCGUCCUGUUUUUGGAGAUGCUUCUGCAGACGAAGGAGCUGGAGCCAGAACAGUUGCCUCCAGCCUUGCCUCCAAAACCCCCUAAGCCAAAGCCCAGCGCAGCCAGCUUGGCCAACGGGAACAGCGUGUCCCUGCAGGACGCCGAGUGGUACUGGGGUGACAUCUCACGGGAGGAGGUGAACGAGAAGCUACGGGACACACCGGAUGGUACCUUCUUGGUGCGCGACGCCUCCAGCAAGAUCCAGGGGGAAUACACCCUCACGCUCAGGAAGGGAGGCAAUAACAAGCUGAUCAAGAUCUUCCACCGGGAAGGGAAGUACGGCUUCUCGGAGCCCCUCACCUUCGGCUCGGUGGUGGAGCUCAUCACCCAUUACCGGCACGAGUCACUGGCCCAGUACAACGCCAAGCUGGACACCAGGCUGCUCUACCCCAUCUCCAAGUACCAGCAGGACCAAGUGGUGAAGGAGGACAGCGUGGAAGCCGUCGGGGAGCAGCUGAAGGUCUAUCACCAGCAGUACCAGGACAAGAGCUGGGAGUACGACCUGCUGUAUGAGGAGUACACGCGCACGUCCCAGGAGCUGCAGAUGAAGAGGACUGCAAUUGAGGCCUUCAACGAGACAAUCAAGAUCUUUGAGGAGCAGUGUCAGACGCAGGAGAAAUGCAGCAAGGAGUACAUCGAGCGCUUCCGGCGGGAGGGCAAUGAGAAGGAGGUGCAACGGAUCCUCAUGAACUCGGAGAAACUCAAGUCCCGCAUCACGGAAAUCCAUGACAGCAAGAUGAAGCUGGAGCAGGACCUGAAGAAACAAGCCUCGGAGAACCGGGAGAUCGACAAGCGCAUGAACAGCCUCAAGCCAGACCUCAUGCAGCUGCGCAAACUGCGGGACCAGUAUUUGGUGUGGCUGACGCAGAAGGGUGCCCGGCAGAAGAAAAUCAACGAGUGGCUGGGUAUCAAGAACGAGACGGAGGACCAGUACUCCAUGAUGGAUGAUGAGGAGGAGCUGCCCCACCACGAGGAGCGAACGUGGUACGUGGGGAAGAUCAACCGUUUGCAGGCAGAAGAGAUGCUUUGUGGCAAGCGGGACGGCACCUUCCUGAUCCGCGAGAGCAGCCAGAAGGGAUGCUACGCCUGCUCCGUGGUGGUGGACGGUGACACCAAACACUGUGUGAUCUACAAAACAGCCACAGGCUACGGGUUCGCUGAACCCUACAACCUCUACGCCUCCCUCAAGGACCUGGUCUUGCACUACAAGCACACGUCCCUGGUGCAGCACAAUGACUCCCUGAAUGUCACGCUGGCUCACCCUGUCCUUUCCCAGCCACCAGCCAGAUGAGCAGCCCAUGCACAACGUAACAGCUGCCUUCAGCUUCUCCCCAGGGCGCUGCUUUCUGGCUCUGGACUCUUUGCACCCUGUAUAGUUGAGUCUCUGUGCUCCUGCCCCUCCAGAGCCUCUGAGAUGUCUGUGACUGUUCCUGGUGUCCCUUUUGGUCAGUAGCUGAAACCCGUGUUGGCUGGUGGGACAAAACGGCUGGGCUGUUGAUUCCCAGUGGACUCCAGCCUUUAGGAAGCAGGAUCCAGUCGUGAUUGAAUUGCUGGGGUGAGCACAGUCCUCUCUCCUUCCCCAAUAAGCAGGUCAGAUCCCCUCUUGCUGGCAGGUCGCCCCACUAUGCAUCACUGUAGAGGUAGAUCCCCAGUUCCAAGGGGCUCCCUGCUGCUUGGAUGCUGGAGGAGGCAGAGGAGGAGGAGGCUCCGCUGAGCAUGUGCAUCCUCCACUCUCCCUUCCCUUGGUGACUUGCAGGCUGUGGCAGUGUCUGGUACGAGAGGUGCUGCUCUUCCAUGCAGAGACUCAUUUAGAAAGGAGAAACCCUGUCCUCUGGGGGGCUUUUCAACCCAGGUUUCUGCUCCACACCAUGCCCCACCUGCCCAUCUUGUUCCCUCAUUCCAUAAUCACCUCUGGAGUGUUGCUGUCCGGGGAGGGAGGAUCCAGUUAGUGAGGAAUCUCUCGCCUUAGUUGUGCCAGCUAAGCUGUGAAAUCCGUGUGGGUGCCGUGUGUUUGCCCUGGGCAGAACCUCUGGAUGCACAGCUCCUUGUUUCCGGCCGUCUUGGGUGAUCCUUCCCCUUGACGCUCACUGUAGCUCUGUAAAUACGGUUCCUUUUGUAAUCAGCUGCUUUCCUAGUGCUGGUGUUUGCUGAACUCUCACUACCCAGCAGCUGCCCAGGCUGCUGCAGACCCGGGUCCUGCCAGCUUGAAGCAGGAGGGGGCCGGAGGCCGACGCACACUACGAGCCCUGUACAAAAUGAAGGAGCUCCCUGCUGCAGGAGGACGGUAUCUGCUGGGCCGAGGGCCUGGGCACGUACAAACGUAUAUGCAUGAUGUGGAACUCUGUAUGCAAAGCACUUAGAAUCAUGAGUACUGUAUGGGGGUGAAGGAA